UGGAGCGCGGGCAGCGAGCCCAUGAGCGGGGCGGCGCUGGUGGGCUACAGCGGUAGCAGCGGCUCCGAGGAUGAGGAGUCGGGCGGCGCCGGGGCCGGCCCAACAGCUUCCCGCCUUCCGGUGCCAUCCAGUGUGUUAAACAUGUUCAGAGACCAAGAGGAGGAGGUCGUGGAUGACAGCACCAAGCAUGGCGGCCGUGUGCGCAACUUCCCGCAUGUGCGGGGCAAUUGGACAACAUAUGUCUAUAUGCCGUAUGAAGCCUCAGAGGAUUUCCUGGAGUUGCUGGAGCUCCUUAUUUCCCAUGCUCGCACGUAUGCUGUGUCGCUCACUGCCAUGGAGGAGUUUCACAUCAGCCUCUCGCAAAGUGUGGUGCUGCGUUAUCAUUGGAUAACCCCCUUUGUGCAGUCUCUCAAGGAAUACCUGGCCACUGCUUACAGGUUCUUCUGUACAGUUGACCAGGUGAAGGUUUACACCAACCAAAACAAAACCAGGACCUUUGUAGGCUUGGAGGUCUCUUCUGGACAUCCUCAGCUGUUGGAGCUGGUCUCAGGGGUGGACAGAGUUAUGGAGGAGUUUGAUCUCCCAACGUUCUACAAGAACCCCUCAUUCCAUAUCAGCCUGGCUUGGUGUGUCGGAGACCUGACUGACAGGUUGGAAGGGCAGUGUCUCCAGAAGCUUCAGGAGAUUGUGGAUGGGUUUGAGGAUUCUGCAUUCCUACUACGAAUCCAGUGGGAGCAAAUCCGCUGCAAAUCCGGGAACAAGUUGUUCUCCUUUCCCUUGAGGUAGGGAGCAGGAAAACCACAUAUUUCAGCUGCCCCAAUGCCUGGUCUCUGCUCCUGAGACAAGAAAUCAGUGCUGCACUGUGCAACUGGACAAUCUGAAGAUUCACAUGUAUCCUGAGUUGCUGAUCUCUGCUCAUCAUCCCAAUGGAGUUUGGAAGCUCAAGCCAGCCUGCUUUUAGUUUAAGUUGCUGGCCCAGAAUGUGGAUAUUUGCACUAUGAUUCCUCACAGUUGCUGUUAGCUUGGGGUGCUGUUCAUGAGCACAGGUAGCUUAGGUUUUCCUAUAGUUGUCAGAUAUACUGUGGGGAUUUUUAAGCCUUAUUUAUCUUCUGGUGAACUGAAAAUGUGGGAGGGCAUUUGCUAAAAAGAAGAAUGUAGGGCACUGCAUUACUAAGGGGAUAUAGAGCAUAGUUGCUGUACUGAGCUAGGAGCUUUUAACAGCAAGAUGAGGGUUGCUGAGUUUUAUCAUUCCCAUGACAGACAGUCACAGCAUCUCUGUGCAUGUAGUUGAUUGGAAUAGGUUCCCUUAUAAAGCUUUAUUUUUUUUCUACUGUCAAUGCUGUAGUUGCUAUAUGGAUGCAAUUCAGCAUCUAAUCCUCAUUUCAAAUUGAUGUGGGAUUAGAGCUGGCAAAGAUAUGGAAGUUCCAUGACUCAGUGCUAGUCAGUGUGAGUCCAGGGUGGAAUUAAUGGGAAGUGUUCAGUUUAAACUGAUCCACAGACUCUCUGAAGGGUGAGGAAGGGCAAAGGCACAGAUUUCAAGAUUUUUCCCUGGGAGCUCUCUCUAAUAUGAAUCCUACUGUUAUACUGUAAAGUGUCCAAAAGAGGGCAAUGUUGGCUUUCAUCACCAAUCCUUUACAGCAGGAAACUGCAGAUAGAAGAAUGUGGUAGCCCUAUGAUCAUCCUGGAGUCUAGUGAGCUUGCUGCUGUUUAGUUCCGUUUGGGUGCACCAAAAACAUUGGUGUCCCGGGCUAACAUUAACUUUCAGCCACACUGUUUGUCUUCAAAAAAGCAAUUUUUUUGUAACAACAGUUCUGGAUUCUCAUCUGAGCCUCAGUCACUGGGAAAUCCCCUACAGGCAAUAUAUUUGUUCUGAGAUGAUGGGCUUUUGCCUCCCAGGUAUUGUGGAUGGAGGUUGGUAUGCUGUCCAGUAUCUUUUGCUUUGCGUUUAUCUAUUAAAA